GCCGAAGUACGUUGAUCUCAGAUAUACCUCACACGUUACUUUGGUGAUAUAAGCGCUAGACAGUGAUAUAUAAACGUCUACUAAGUUACCCCGCUCUCUCACCCCCAUCCUCCAAUAGCAUGACUGUAGUCUCAAACGAUCCCAGUUGGUGGCCGACCAUCCAUGCGAAUAUUUUUUACAGCUAUUUCGUAGUUGCCUCCUGUGCUGCGGUAAUAUACGACUGGGGACUUACGUUCGGACAAGAGGUGGAACUAAUCUGGAGACAACGUUGGUCCCUGAUGACUGUUGUGUAUCUCGUUGCGCGAUAUGUUGCAAUAGGAUUCUCUGUGAUCGAAAUUUUACGUAUGUCUGUCCGACUGGACUCUGUUUCUUUCUUGUGACGGGCGGCAUACAGAGAAUGUAACAACAAUUUCGAUGACAGAUACAUUGAGUAUUCCACGCUGGAGCCUUCCAUUCCUGUCCAAUCAACUGAA